AGCAGUGGACGAGCAAGUUGUCAGGAUGAAGGAGGAGAAUCUGUUCCAUCGGAGGCUUUCUCUGUGCCCCAGUGCCACCUCUCCACCAAAAAUCGACCCCCGCAGCCUCACCCGGAACCUGUCAUAUGGAGGAGACAACGACCUCUACAACCUCACUCCGGGCAGUGAGACAGACAGGAACGGUCUCUCCAUGCUGAGUAAUGAACUUAGUCCUGCCCAAUCACCAGGCAGCAAGUCUGAGUCCAGGAUGUUUAAUGGUGUGGAGAAGGAGUGCCCCUCCCCCACAGAGAAGCUUGCCCGAAAGGAGUCUCUUAAGGUCCAAAAGCAAAAUUACCGGCAAGAGAAGAAACGGGCGGCUAAAGAACUGUCCAGCGCACUUAAGGACCCCAGUGUUGUCAUCAUGUCAAACUGGCUAAAGAUCCGUGGCUCUUUAAAGAGUUGGACCAAGCUGUGGUGUGCCUUGAGGCCUGGAGUACUUCUGAUCUACAAGACCCCCAAAGCAGACCACUGGGUGGGCACCAUUCUGCUCAGCGCAUGCAAGCUGAUUGAGAGACCCUCCAAGAAAGACGGCUUCUGCUUCAAGCUUUACCACCCACUGGAGAAAUCCAUCUGGGCUGUCAAGGGUCCCAAAGGUGAGAAUGUGGGUUCCAUCACGCAGCCUUUACCCAGCAACUACCUGAUCUUCAGAGCUGCCUCUGAGUCUGAUGGCCGGUGCUGGAUGGAUGCCCUGGAGCUGGCUCUAAGCUGUUCCAGUCUCUACAAGCUGACAGCCAAACCUGGGAAAGAGGGGGAUCUCAGCAUGUCUUCAGAGUCCUCGCACAUACUCCACCUGCUACAGUCCUCUCCUCUCACUGAUACAGAGCUGCUGCAGUUAAACGAAAGCGCCCUGCUCGGCAAUCACCACAUGGAGCACGAUGGUUUCUCAGACAAAUCGGAGCGUGAGACCCACGACGACUGGGAUGCUACGGUCAAUGAAAACGGCGGACGGCUGACGGAGGAGAGCGACAUGGAGCAGUCGGACGAGAUGUCCCCCAGCCCACAGGCCACCGCCUACGUGGAGCAGGGCAGCGAGGAGAUGGCCGAGGCUGGGGAGGCUUCCCAGGUGGAAACUGUGUCUGAGGAAAACAAAGGUCUGAUCUGGGGUCUGCUGAAACAGCUCCGGCCAGGCAUGGACCUGUCAAAGGUGGUGCUGCCAACCUUCAUCCUGGAGCCGCGCUCCUUCCUGGACAAGCUGUCCGACUACUACUACCACGCCGAUCUGCUCUCACAGGCAGCUCUGGAAGAGAGGGCCUAUGAUCGGAUCAAGCAGGUGCUAAGAUGGUACUUGUCUGGCUUCUACAAGAAGCCCAAGGGUCUCAAAAAGCCUUACAACCCAAUCCUGGGGGAGACAUUUCGAUGCUGUUGGCUGCAUCCUCAGACUGAUAGCUGCACCUUCUACAUAGCCGAGCAGGUUUCCCACCAUCCACCCAUCUCUGCCUUUUAUAUCUGCAAUAGAAAGGAUAAUUUUUGUAUCAGUGGAAACAUCCUUGCCAAGUCCAAGUUUUACGGUAAUUCUCUGUCAGCCAUUUUGGAUGGCAGAGCCAGACUGCUGUUCAUGAGCAGGGAUGAGGAGUAUGUCAUCACCAUGCCUUAUGCCCACUGCAAAGGUAUCUUGUAUGGCACAAUGACAUUAGAGCUGGGAGGGAAAGUGUCUAUCGAGUGUGAGAAAACCAAGUGUUUUGCAGAGCUCGAGUUCAAACUGAAGCCUUUCCUCGGUGGCUCCAGCUCAGUAAAUCAGAUCAGUGGAAAGAUCUUUGUAGGAGAGGAGCUGCUGGCCACCAUCGAUGGGCACUGGGAUGGUGAGGUGUUCAUUAAUGAGAAGCGCUCCAACCAGCAGGAGACUUUAUGGAACCCAAGUUCAGACAUUCGCAGCAGGCGCCUCAAGAGACAAGUGGUCCAGUUAGACCAGCAGGGAGAGUUUGAAUCAGAAAGGCUGUGGCAGCAUGUGACCAGCGCCAUCAUGGAUCGGGACCAAGUGAGGGCCACUCAGGAGAAGUUUGUGCUGGAGGAGGCCCAGCGAAAAGAGAGCAGGGAGAGGGGAGACAGACCCUGGAUCCCCCGGCUUUUCCAGCAGGAUCCCGUCACUUCCGACUGGACCUACAGGCACAUGGACGCGCGCCCCUGGGACCCCGAGCACUGUCUGGCCCAGUUUGAGAAGGACGGCGUGAUUCAGACGCACGAGAAGAGUCUGAGGCAACACAACGGGCUCUCCUACAGCCACGGCUGGGCAGGUCAACACAAGUGCAUUAACAACAACUUGCUUCCCUCUAACCAGGCGGGGGUGAAUGGGAAGCACAGGAAGGCCAGCAGCCAGCCGUCCAGCUGCAGCCAGAACACAGAGAGCAGCAGCACCACGCCGGAACCAACACACGAGUCCUCGGACAAUGAAGGCUUUUCAAACCAGUGUGCCCGUUGCACUAAAGAGAUGAAGGACAUCGCUGUGAUUGAGGCCUCCAUCACUUCCAUACAGAAGACACAGCAAGAUAUUCAGAGGAACCUGGUGGCUCUGAGCCGGCAGCUGUCUCUCCAGAGGGCCACAGACAACGGCGUGCCGUUAACCGGCCGACACUGCCUCAUCCUCUGCGUCCUGCUCCUCUCCCAGCUCCUCCUCAACUACGUAUUCACCUGAGCCAGACCCCUGGGGAGGAGUUUCCCUCCAGCACUGAUCUGCCAGCAGAGCUUCCCCCCCAAAAAGAUUUUAAAAAAGCACAGACUCUGACGGACAGAGUGCGGAACAGACCUCAGAUCAGUGUCCGGAGGGCAGCUUCGGCCCUCGGUUUCCUUGUUGCGAGGGGAGGAGCAAAGACUUCACAGCAAUAAACACAGCCACAGCCACCGCCUGUCAGCCAUCUGCAAAGAGGAACUGCCCCCCCACCCCCAGCGUAGCCAGACUGAAACAGCACCGCUCCGGAGAGCAGAGGCGCACCCAGAGACGGGCGUGGUUGCCAAGAUUUCACAUGUAUAAGGAAGAUAUCGAAUGGUUUAGCAAAAUGAAACGACAGAGGAUGUUUCAUCAUUCCUUAGUGUCUUUUUAUAUCACCCCCCUCCCCCCCGCAAACCCCUUCAUCUGUGAGUGUGCCUGUAUGUGUGUCGUUUGUAUUUAACCUAGGCCCUGUGGGCAUAAGCAGAUCACGGCUUGGACUUCACCAACUUUCCUUCCACUUCAGAUUAUGGGCCUUAAUGCUGAUGCCAAAACAACAAAAAAACAACAAAAAACAGAAGAAGAAGAAAUAGAAAAGAAAAAUCCAACAGAAACAAAUGAAGAGGUCUUCAAACAGUGCAAUUGUGUGUUUUGUAUUAGUGUACGCUCAGAUACGACCUGUCUCGUCUUUUAAUGAUGAUUUUACCAAAACAGUAUUUAUUAUCCGAAAGGACAAAGAGUACUUGUUUACACGGAGUGCUGCGUGUGUUUUGGAGUGACACAUCGGGAAGGAGGGAUACUGGGAAGGAGGCAGGGCAGGGAGCCAAACAGAGUGUCUUUGUACUUGUGUGCCUGUAGUGCUGAAACUGAAUGGAUAAUAGAAUAGCACUGCUUUGGUUUAGACCAUGACACUAGUGUGUACAAUCAGUCACAUGGAACAGCGUGGGAUGGGAAAGGACACGGAGAGGAGUGGGGGGAAAAAGAAUGCAUGAGCCUAAGGGAAGAGAUUUGCGUGUGCAUCGUGGUCCGCACCAUGUUCAAGUGACUGUCUUAGAUGUAAACACUUAGUAAAACUAGUUUUUUUUUUCUUUUGAAUAAUUUGUAUAUAUCUGUAUGUUUCAAAAAAGAAAUUUCAGAAUGUAUUUAUUAUGUGAUUCACCUUGAAUUUCCUUAUCUAAAUCUACACAGAGGACCGGGGACAUAAGUCAUACUCCCAGGGUUUAUGUGGGUUCAUCAAAUUCUGAGUGCAUGCGUCUUUGUAUGGAUGGAUGUGAGUGAGUGAGUGAGUGUCUGUUAGGAGGAUGGAGCACAUGUAUGUGAGGAAGCCAUUAUGGUCACACUAAACACAGCCAUUUCUGUCACGGUUUUUACUGUUUUUUAGCCUUUUGAAUUACGUCUGAUCGUCAGUGUACCGAUGGAGCCAACGAGAGAGAAUCAGAGAUCAGCACAAGAAGGACAUUGACUCGUAAAAAUCUGUUUUUAAACCCUAAUUUGUUUCCUCUUCUCAUCGUUAUCCUCUUUUCUACUUCGCUGCCAUGUUGUGGGGAUUCUACAUGCCAGGUAUUUUUGUCAUGGAAAUAAACACAAUAUGAGGAUGCCUAAUGUUUUCAGUCUUACUUGUUGCAUACUGUAGCACUACAGUAAAACAUUUUAACCCUG